UCCCAGUGAGAUUAAAUGUACGAAUACAUCUACUUUAAAGACAGAUUACAAUGAAGCAAUUAUUCAUAGAACAAGAUGGAUUCUUCUGGUUGAUGAUUUCCCUGUUCUCCUAAAGAAUAUCACAACAGCAUUAAUAAGUACAUAUUCUUUACUACUAAUAUCUUUUUACAUAGAAAUCCAGAAGAGGUUAGUUAACUGAAAUAUGGCUGCUUUGCAAAACUUCACCCAUUCUCUGGAAGAGACUUUCAAGAAGAUUUUCAUUGACUAUAUGAACAAUUGGCACAGAAAUACCACAAUUAAACAAAAUGCUUUGCAAGAUCGCGUUGAUGCUGAAAAUUUAGAUUAUGUAAUUUUGUAUCUUAUGGUAAUGAUUGGAAUCUUCUCUUUUAUUAUUGUGGCAAUUUUAAUAAGCACAGUGAAAUCAAAGAGACAAGAGCAUUCCAAUGACCCUUAUCAUCAGUACAUUGUGGAUGACUGGAGCGAAAAGCUAAAAAACCAGAUUCUUUUCCAAGAUGAUCUUAAAGCCAUUGUCCAUGAAAAUUGUGGAGCAAAGGGCAAAUGUAAUCCAUAAUCACCAAAAACUGAAUUAAGUAACUGGGAUCCCUAAUUUAAUGGCUUUAAAUGAGUAUGCUAGAACUUGUAUUCUAUACAUAAUUAUAGGAUAUUCAAUGUUAACUAUUAAGAUUCAAUAUCUAAUUAUUAAGAUUCAAUAUCUAGGCAGAGCAGUAACCAACUAUGCACAUACUGAAAUCAAAACAAAGCUUUCUAGACAUCUUCAUCAGCUCAAGAAAUUACAAAGUGGGUUAAAUUAGGGAAGCUAGUUUACAUUCUGAAAUUCUAGGCACUCUUUUAAGAAUUUUUACAAGAUUGAGUGAUUAAAUGAAGAUUCUUCAAAGAAAUUAUAACAAAUUAUAAAAAUACAUUGACUGCUUUGUUGAAGAAAACGGAUGAUUCUACCCAGACACCAUGAUAUUCUUUUUAGAGGGAUUUUUAAUCUUCACCACCAUCACCACCACUCUAUUUUUCUGUCUGUGUGCUUCAACUACCCUGCGAAACCAGAGGACCAAAACUCUGUCAUCUCCAACUCUGUCCUUCUUCAUGAAGCUGUAAGUGAACCCUUCCUGCUCAGUAAAACCCUUGGAAUCUGCCACCCAGGAAGAGAGAAAAAAGCUGCAAUAAUUAUCUCUGGGUCUCUAGACUAAAAGACUGGCAAUUUGAGAGCCAAGAAGCAUGUAAUGGGGUGAGCUCCUGUUCUUGCCCAAGCUCCUGACAAGCUAACAAUUCAAAAGCUUACCAAUGCUAGUAGAU